AUGAUUUCAACCUGGUCAGAUCCAAGCGGCCCUGAAAUUUAUACACAAAUCAAGGUCAGGUUUACAAACGCAUUGGAAUUCUUAGAAAAGGCAUCAAAAGAAACAGGCAAAAAAGUCACUGUGACCCAUCUUGUGUGCAGAUCAGUCGGAGAAGCUGUAAAGUAUUUCCCUGAGCUCAAUGGAAAAUUGAUGUUUGGAAAUUUUGUCCCAUUUGAUACUAUUGAUGUGUCCUGUCUAGUUGCCCUUGAGGAAGGAAAAGACCUAGGAUUUAUCUGUUUCAAAGACAUUGAUCAUAAAGAUUUAGCCACCAUUUAUGAUGAAACCCAAAAGAAGGUUGGAUCAAUAAGAGGAAAAGAAGGAGAAGAACGAAAGAUUCAUGAAAAAGUCAGUGCUCCGUUUAAAUUGAUCCCGACUUGUGUAGGAGCAAUUAUAAUGGAAACAUUUUCAUGGCUUGGAGGAUCGAUUGGGCUAGAUUUACCGAUGUUUAACUUGAAAAGACACCCAUUUGGGUGUGCAACAGUUACUAAUGUGGGAACUUUUAAUGUUGAAACUAUUUAUGGACCGUUUCCACCUGUAGAAAGAAUUGCUAUGCUUGUGGUAAUUUCAAGCACAAGAGAUGAAGCUAUUGUUGUUGAUGGACAAAUCGUAGUUGAAAAAGUAUUAACAAUGACAGUUACCUUUGAUAAUAGGUUUAUUGAUGGACAUAGAGCUGCCAAGGCAGCCAGCAAAAUGAAAGAAGUACUUGAACGUCCUGGAGACUUCUUAAAAAUAAGCUAA